AUGUACACCUCCACCAUCAUCUCCACCAUCUUCGCCGCGGUCGCCAUCGCUGCUCCCGCAAACAAUGUUGCCAACAACGAGCCCCGCGCUGAAGCACGAGUUCAAGCUGCCCAGGCAAACCUCGAUGCCUUAGUCGCCAAUGGAUGCAACGUCCUAGGAUGUCUUGCCGCAGUUGCGCCGGCAUCUGCUACCUGCGCGGCCGCUCUGGCCGAAGCUGGGGCGAACCCCGUGGCUGAUAUUGCCUGCUUCGCUGGUGUGGUUGCCACGAUGUCGAACCCGGUAAGCAAACACGGCUGA